CGGGUUUUCGCGACGUCACUGCAUUAGCUCGCUGCUAGCAGGCGGUGGCCGCGUAACAAAACGAUAAUUUCUGGUUUUGGGGGGCCGCAGUUUUUAUAUUUGAGGAGUUUGUAAAAGACUAGGAAAACAAGCGGAGCCUGUACUUCCACCCACAAUGGAUAUUGAUGUGAAGAAGUUGAAAGUCAAUGAACUGAAAGAAGAGCUCCAGAAGAGGGGGCUGGACACUCGCGGGCUCAAAGCAGACCUGGUUGACCGGCUGAAGGCUGCUCUGGAAGCUGAAGAAGCCACACAGCCAUCAGAGGAUGCCACGGCUGGUGAUGCACAACACACUGAAGCAGGUGCGGAGGAGGCUGAUUAUGAAGAGGGCUCUCAGCAGGGGCAGCAGGAAGAUGAGAACACUCACUCUGGGGAACAUGAGGAAAAAGUGGCUCCUGAAGUGGAUCACAGUGCCCCUGACCUCUCUGUAGAUGUCAGCAUGAACAAAACAGAGAUGCUGGAGGAACGUGAACCCAAACCAGAAACAGAAGCACAGCCUGUCUAUAAGGAAGAACAAGAAGAACAACUAGUAGAUGUGAAGAGGGAAGAUGAAGCAAAGCCAGAGGAUCAGCAGCCAGAAGCAGCCAGUAGAUGGGAGGACAAAGAGGCCCAGCAGGGCUCACAGCACAAGUCCCAACAGGACAGCGGCGCACACUACGGCCGCAAGAGACACUACGAUGAUAGCCACGGCUAUGGCUACUAUGAGCACCGGGAGGACAAGAGGUCCCGCUCGCCUCAGCCACCAGCCGAAGAAGACGAGGACGAUUUUGAUGACACGUUGGUAGCCAUCGACACUUAUAAUUGCGACCUGCACUUCAAAGUGUCCCGGAACAGAUACAGUGGCUACCCUCUGACUAUUGAAGGCUUUGCUUAUCUCUGGUCUGGAGCACGUGCUACUUACGGUGUGAGCAAAGGUCGUAUCUGCUAUGAAAUGAAGAUAACCGAAGAGAUCUCAGUCAAGCAUCUUCCCACCAGUGAGCCUGACCCUCAUGUGGUGCGAGUGGGCUGGUCUCUGGAUUCCUGCAGCACACAGCUUGGAGAAGAAGCUUUCUCAUAUGGAUAUGGUGGAACAGGCAAAAAGUCCUCCAACUGUAAAUUUGAAGAUUAUGGAGAGAAAUUUGGUGAAAAUGAUAUCCUCGGAUGCUACAUUGACUUUGACAGUAGUGAGGAGGUGGAAAUUGCAUUUUCCAAGAAUGGGAAGUUGUUGGGAGUGGCAUACCGGGUGUCUAAGGAGGAGCUGGCUGGUCGGGCACUUUUCCCACAUGUUCUGGUCAAGAAUUGUGCUGUGGAGUUUAACUUUGGCCAGAAAGAGGAGCCCUUCUACCCCUCGCCAGACGGAUACACAUUCAUUCAAGCUGUUAGAAUUGAGGACAGGACAAGAGGCACUGUGGGCCCAGAGAACAAGGCUGAUUGUGAGAUCUUGAUGAUGGUUGGUCUGCCUGCAUGUGGCAAAACCACCUGGGCCAACAAGCAUGCUGAGAUGAACCCUGACAAGAAAUACAACAUCCUUGGAACCAACGCCAUCAUGGACAAGAUGAAGGUGAUGGGACUGCGACGCCAGAGGAACUACGCUGGCCGCUGGGAUAUCCUGAUCCAGCAGGCCACCCAGUGUCUGAACAGGUUGAUCCAAAUCGCCGCCCGCAAGAAACGCAACUACAUUCUGGACCAGACAAAUGUAUAUGGAUCAGCCCAGAGACGAAAAAUGCGUCCUUUUGAAGGGUUUCAACGCAAGGCUAUUGUAAUUUGUCCCACGGACGAGGAUUUAAAAGAGCGAGCGUUAAAGCAAACUGAUGUGGAAGGGAAGGAUGUGCCCGAUCAUGCUGUUUUAGAAAUGAAAGCCAACUUUGUGCUGCCGGAGCCUGGAGACUUCCUGGACGAGGUGACCUUUGUUGAGCUGCAGAGAGACGAGGCAGAGAAGCUCGUGAAGGAGUACAACGAAGAGGGCCGCAAGGCAGGGCCUCCGCCUGAGAAACGUUUCGAUAACCGGCAGAUGGGCUUCCGUGGCCAUAGCGGAAGUGGUGGUGGCAGCUUCCAGCGCUACGACAACCGUGGAGGCCCACGAGGAGGAGGAGGAGGCGGUGGCUAUCAGAACCGCAGCAGCUCAGGCGGAGGAGGAGGCGGCGGAUACAGAGGAGGUUACAAUCGUGGUGGCUACAACCAGAAUCGCUGGGUUGGGAAUUACAGAGACAACAGCUCAAGAGGCGGAUACAACCGUAACCAGCAUUCUGGAGGAGGAUACAAUGGCAACCGCCAGAGUUCCUACAACAAGGAUGGAUACAACCAGGGGUACAACCAGGGAUACAACCAAGGCUACAACCAGGGCAACUACAACCAAGGCAGCUACAACCAAGGCUAUAACUAUGGCAGCUACAGCCAGUAUCCAGGAUAUGGCCAAGGCUACAGUGAUAGUCAAGCCUCAGGCCAAUCAUACAACCAGCAACAGAGCUACAAUCAGCAGUACCAGCAGUAUGCCCAGCAGUGGCAGGAGUACUACCAGAACCAGAGCCAGUGGAACCAGUACUACAGCCAGUAUGGCAACUACUCCGGGCAACAAGGCAAUAGCCAGGGAUCCCAGGGCUCUCAGUGAAGUGCGUGUGCAAAUUCCAUCCCGCUACUGUCAUCCAUCUUAUUACACACUCACAAACAAGCAUGCGUGCCCCAUCACCUUUUACUGUAACUCCAUCCUUUUGCAUAUGUUUCUGACAUCCUUACCUGCCAAACAGCCAAGAAGCUGCAUCUUAGAUUCUUUUGUAGUUUGAGAGAAAACAUUGUUCUAGUUGGAGAGAUCAGAGAAAUAUCCUGUUAUCUUUGUUUUGAACUGUACAUUAAGAAUGUCACAGAACAACUGUGAUCACAUUUAACCCACGUGCAUUAUGCAUCCAGGUACUGUUACCACAGUGACAAUGCAAAACACUACAGGAAAUGACUGUAUUCAUUUUAUGUGGUAAAUGUUGAUUUAGCGAUAUCAUUGUGACUGAUUCCUUCCUAUUUUUAUAUAGGGGCGAAAAGCAAAGCAUGUUUUUCUUUAACGUGUUCCAGUUUUGUGACUAUCUAUCAGGUACAAGAGGAGAUAUAAAACCAGGCAGUGUAAAAUGACAGCCAUUUAAUUUUUUUUGUAGAUUUGCCAGGUUUUAAUUCCACAGAUUGUGUUAUAGAAGAGAUUUUAAGAAUGUUGAUAAUCCUAAUUCACUUAUUACAAUGAUAUGUCUUUUUUUUUUUAACUUUUUUUGGAAACAGCUUAAAAGACUUUGUUCUUUGUGUUUGUACAGUCUGGUUGGAUCAUUUUUUUCAGUCUGAAAAUAAAUUCUCAUAAUACACAAGUA